UAGGCAGUUGACAGACAGGAUUGAGAAUGGCCGAAAAUGUGUUGGGGUCCGAAAUCGGCUUUCAGGAUUAUCACGCUACCGAAGCAAUUCAUUUAGAUAUUGAAGAGCUAGAUGAUGCUGAAUACGCCAUCCCAGCUGUGGAGGAGCCACCCUCCUUAGAGAGUAUUUUGACUGAACUAGAUUUUGGUUCACUAUCUGGAACAGAAGAUGAGUUUGCAACAUCAGCAGAAAAACUGGGAGGUAGCGAGACUGGCAGCAUUGGGAGUUUAUUAUCUCUAAAUUCUGUCAGUAAACCAUUUAGACCAUCUCAAUCACCAUCAUCGAGUGCCAUAUUAAGGCACGUGAUACUGAAGGGAAUAUCCUCACAAAUUUCAUCAGCCAGCGAAAGGAUAAAUGCUGGUUUAGCAAGUGCCAUGGCCGCUGGUGGUAACAUGUUAGUCAUAGGCACCAGUCACGGUUUGAUUCUGGGCUUUGAUUCUAAUCAAACUUUACGUUGGUGCGACCAAGAAGCCAGGCACCAAGGCUCCGUCUCAGCUUUAUCCUUCAAUCACGAUGGUUCAAGACUAUUAGCAGGCUUUGCAAGGGGACACAUACUAAUGCUAGAAAGCUCUAGUGGCAAAGUCUUAAGGACACUCACUGACGUACAUCCUCCUGGGACUGCAGUGUUACAUGUGAAGUUUACAGACUCACCAAAGUUGGCUUUGUGUAGUGACAGUGGGGGUUCUGUAUUUGAAUUGAAUUUCACUCGUGUUAUGGGAGUUAGAGGUUGCGACAGCAAAUGUCUCUUUAGUGGUUCAAGGGGUGAAGUUUGUACAUUGGAACCCCUUCUAUUGAACCAACUCCCGACGCAUUCACUGAAGAAUUACACGUUGGUGGCAAUGGCUACUUUAUCAAAGGUGAUUGUUGUUUGUAUAAGACCACGGAUGCGGGUGGUUCUCACGCACGCCUUACGUGGAACAGCCAUUGCUCCGCCACAAGUAUCGUGGCAGUUAGUUGUCAUACAAGCCGCAGAUUCGACCCGUGUUGUUGAUCCUGUGUUGGCCCUAGCUCGAGAUGAUACCGUACACUUCUAUCAGGUUUGCACAGAAGGAAAUGCUAGAGUUCGGCUUUCACCAUUGCAACGUAUUACUGUUUCCUAUAUGAUCAGCAAUUUGCGAUGGCUGAACGCAAGGUCCCUGGCACUGCUUGACUCGCAGGAAAAGUUGCAUUUGCUAGAUGUCAGAUCGCAAGACGAAUUGGAAACUCUGGACUUGAGUAAAGUGGGAAUUUCCUACGCAUCCAGUCAUUUUAAAGGAUUGUCUACUGGCGGUAAUGUCUCAAAGGCAAUGGCUUUGGCGGGUGAAAGAGCUUGUUAUAAUACAGUAAUCGCUUUUGGCAGUCAACUAUUACUACUUGGAACCAAAAGCCUUCACGCAGUCUGCAUAAGAACCUGGACCGAACGUUUACGCCAUUUAACACUGCAACGGCGUUUUCCCGAAGCUCUGACCUUGGGGCUUUCUUUUUAUCAGGACAAAGGACAAGCUGUGGUAGGUUUGUGUGGUUCGAAGCAACGCCGUAAGCAGAUUGCCCGUGAUAAGGUCUGUGAUGUUUUAAUUCAGUACAUGGAUGACUUAAAUCACUGCUCCGUCGACAACUGUGCAGCCUCAGAAGUGGUGGCAAGCUGCGUGAAUUUCUGCAUACAAUUAGAAAAUACCGCCUUACUAUAUGGUAAACUGUGGGAACUUGUAUGCGAAACAGACGAAUUUAGAGGAAGCUAUUUACGAGCACUUGAGGGCCCACUGUUAAAUGGAAGUCUGGCUCCACGAUUACCGCCCUUUAUUUCACAGCAAUUAGUGACUUUGUAUGAACAAGAAAAACGAUUGGAUUCAUUGCAGGCCAUCAUCGUCUUGCUUGACGUUGAUUGCCUAGACAUACAUCAAGUAACAAAAGUAUGUGGUCAACAUGGGCUCUGGGAAGCUCUGAUUUAUUUGCAGACUUCGGCUCUAAGUGAUUUUACAGCACCAAUUCACCAGCUCGUGCCAGUUCUCCAAAUGGCGCUUGCCAAUGCCAGAACACAGAAGUUAUCACCCGAGAAAAUAAGAUUAGGCAAUGCAAUUUUAGUAUAUGCCAGCUGCUGUCUUGCAGGUCGUGGAUUUCCUAGAGGCAAUCUACCAGAAGGUGUAACUCAGAGAGCCAAAGCUGAUGUCUUGCGCGCUCUUUUGUCACAGCAUUCAAGUUCAGCGAGUGACGCCGAAAGGCAGUACCCGUAUAUCAGAACUUUACUUGAAUUUGAUGCCAGAGGUUUUCUAGAUGUGAUAACCAUUGCGUUUCAAGAACCAGAAUUCAUGUCUGAAAUGGGUCUGCGACAGCGUCAGAGAUUGAUUGACAUUUUACUCAACAUAGUUAUGCCCACCACACCUCUAAGCCCUGAUAAUUAUGAUUACUUGACUGAUGAACAAAGAGCAGUAGUUCUAAAUUUUGUAUCCAAUGAAGUGGCUGAAAGCUCGGUAACGUUAGAAGCCGGCGCUUUGAACAGGAUGGUAGAAAUGCUAUCGACUAGUACAAACAACGGUGAAGACAUGCCAAGGGACAUUGAAGUUGAAAAGGAAAAUGCAAUUCUGCAACUUUUACACUCAAAGAAAUUGACAAAUAUAUCUGAUAAGAGCCUACUCAAUCUUGCACAUAGUGCUAACUUUUUGCGAGUUGCUGAAACCAUUUACUGCGGGCAAGAAGACUGGAUUUCAGUGUGUCGAUGCAUGUUGACAGAUAAAUUACGUCGUUAUGAAGUAUGGGAAUGGCUAGACUGUUUGCCAUUAGACUCUCUGCAGGAAGUUGUUACUGCACAUGCUGCUGAGUUGGUGACAGUUGAUGCAGCUCGAUUGGCUGUGCUUAUAGCUAAUCGAAUGCCAAACCAUUUAGAUAACAUUCUGCAAAAAAUUAAUGAAAAUCCGAAAUUAGCGUACGCUUUACUCGGAGCCUUGUAUCAAAUGAUUCAGUGUGGAGAAGAGGAUAUAAAAAUGGAAUUGACCACAGAAAUACUUGAGCAGUACUUGAGAUUAAUGUGUAAUUUAGAACCGGACCGUGUUGUUCAACAUCUCUAUGGACCACACGGUUGUCGGUUGAACGAAGUUCUGAAAAUAGUCCAGGAUAUAAACCAUACGGAAGCUAUAGCUGUCAUGUUAGAAAAAUUAGGAAAUUAUCAAGAAGCUUUUGAUUUACUAGUAGCGGAUCUUCAAAGUCUGUUUGAAAUGCACUGCGGUGGGGAUAUCAAGAGUAAUGAGGCUAUUAAAGCAACUUCAGAAUUAGCAGCACUAUGCAGACGAGCUGCUGGCCACCUAGACUGGAUGCCGCUGGUAGAAACAGUAUUACAUCCAUGUACCGACAUCGAUAACCAAAAAGGUGAAUCGCUACGGGGCAAAUUGCUUCGAAUCGUGCUAGAGUCACUAAGUGGCACCACAGCCCUAUCCACAGUAUUGGAACAAAUUUUAAAGCAUCCUCUAGCUACUGGUGGGACAAUUGGUGAUAUAAGAGAAUUGUUAACUGGAGUUUUGACGCACUCUUGUUACGAUCAAACACUAGUCGAAGCAACUGCAAGAUUAGUAAGCAUGGAACUGCAUGAAGCUCUUAAAAAAUCUCUCAGGGAUGCAAGCAAAGCGUUCCAAAACGUGUGCUUAUAUUGCCCAGUGUGUCGGCGAGCACUUUCACAAUGCACAGAUUACGCAGUAGUGUUUAGAUGUGGGCAUGGGUACCAUAUAUCUUGCAUAGGAGAUUCCAGAGUAUGCUAUCAGUGCUUGCGGACUAAGGGCUGGGCACCAACAGCGACCAAUUCACCUCCAACAACUAAAAGACCCCCGGAAAAAAGGAAGAUUCAGCCACCAAGCUUUAUGAUGGACAGAGAUCUGAGGCUACGGCUAGCUCCACAAACACUUCUUCCAGACUUUGAGGGAAUAUUUUAAUAUAGUCUCUCAAUUUCACACAUACACAAAAUGAAUGAAUAUGAACCCCUGAGUUAAAAAAGACCACUAUCCUGUACUUGAGUUUACAUUAAGAUUGAUGUCAGCAAAAUGGUCAUUUUCAACACAGGCAAUUUUUUGCAUUAGUAAAAUGAAGUAGAUAAUUU